UGUCCGAAAAUCAACAUGUCUAGCAAAAAGGCAAAGACGAAGACCACCAAGAAGCGCCCUCAGCGUGCCACUUCCAAUGUAUUUGCAAUGUUUGAUCAGUCGCAGAUUCAAGAAUUCAAGGAGGCCUUCAACAUGAUCGACCAGAACAGGGAUGGCUUCAUUGACAAAGAGGACUUGCACGAUAUGCUCGCCUCCCUUGGAAAGAAUCCAACGGAUGAAUACCUAGAUGCCAUGAUGAAUGAGGCUCCAGGCCCCAUAAACUUCACUAUGUUCCUCACAAUGUUUGGUGAGAAGCUAAAUGGCACCGAUCCGGAAGACGUAAUCAGGAAUGCUUUUGCUUGCUUUGAUGAAGAAGCAACAGGGUUCAUUCAGGAAGACUACCUGCGAGAGCUGCUGACGACAAUGGGAGACAGGUUCACAGACGAAGAGGUAGAUGAGCUGUACAGAGAGGCACCCAUCGACAAAAAGGGGAAUUUCAACUACAUUGAAUUCACGCGCAUCCUGAAACACGGAGCAAAAGACAAGGAUGACUGAGCAAAUCCCUGGAUACCUGCAGAUAGCUGCUUUUUUUUUUUUUUUUGUCCCCCCAUUAAUUUUAUUUCUCAGGAUCUGUUUUUUCUUUUUUUCUUGUUGGGACCUUUUUGCAUACACUUUUAGCAUUCCAGCUUUUUCCUCUGUGGACUCUGGGGCUGCUCAGACACACCUGCACCUUUGUAAUAAGAGUGGAAAUGGGCAGGGAGAGAGGACAGCUUACAGUGAUAGAGGUUUAGGGACAAAGAUCCCUGAGUGUGGAGGCCCAGGUAAAAAUGUCAGUGCCACUCAUCCUAGCUAGAUUAGUUUUACAUUUUUAAUGGUAACUUUUCAAAUAAAACACUGCUAUAUUAAGUACAUCAUUGAAAUUUUCAUGCUAGAAGUGGACUGUUUAAUCAUAUCUCUAAAUAUUUUUGCAACUGUAUGCAGUCGUAUUGUUACCUAUUUUUGCCUUAAAAAUGAAGCAUAAGUCACUUAAGCAUACUGAUGUUUGUACUUCAGCGACUGAGUACUUCACUUACUACUGUGAGCAUAUACAAUGAAGAAAUUCCCAUCCUUCAAAUGUUAGUACAUUGUAAAUUAAUGAUUUCUGUCCAAGACUUGCACAUUAAACAUUUUAAAUCUCAUGGAUGUAAUUGAGGGGGUAUUUUACCACCUUAGCGCCUUCAUUUCUUGACACUUGAGUACUACUUAAUACUGCUUUUUAAAAACUUGCAUGGUAAAUCCUAGUGUUUUCUUAAAAAAGAGGUACCACGUGUGAGUAGAAUGCUUGAAUGAUGCCUCUUACCAGAUCUGCAGGACUGACAAUAUGGAAUUCAUUACAUUUCAUUGCAACCAU